GCCCCGCCCCGCCCCGCCCCGCCCCGCCGACCUCCGAGGGCCUCUCCGCGGGGCGGAGUCCGAGGCGCCGGUCAGCCGACCCGGGCCCGUUUGCCCCAGCCGCCCUUGCAGCCCCGAGUCCGCAGGUGCGUCCGGAGGGCCGCAGCCGCACCAUGCUGGGCGUGAUCAAGAACUCGCUGUUCGGGAGCGUAGAGACGUGGCCUUGGCAGGUCCUGAGCAAAGGGGGCAAGGAAGAUGUCUCCUAUGAGGAACGGACCUGUGAGGGUGGGCGGUUUGCCACAGUGGAAGUGACAGACAAGCCUGUGGAUGAGGGUCUACGGGAGGCAAUGCCCAAAGUCAUGAAGUACGUGGGAGGCACCAAUGACAAGGGAAUCGGAAUGGGGAUGACCGUUCCUAUUUCCUUUGCUGUGUUUCCCAGUGAUGACGGCUCCCUACAGAAGAAAUUAAAAGUCUGGUUCCGGAUUCCAAACCAGUUUCAGAGCAACCCGCCAGUUCCCACGGAUGACAGCGUUAAGAUAGAGGAGAGAGAAAGCAUCACUGUUUAUUCCCUGCAGUUCGGUGGGUAUGCGAAGGAAGCCGACUAUGUAGUUCAUGCCGCCCAGCUGCGUACCGCCCUGGAGGGCACGGCCACCUGCCGGAGUGACGUCUACUUCUGCACUGGCUAUGACCCUCCCAUGAAGCCCUACGGACGUCGCAAUGAGGUCUGGCUGGUGAAAGCAUGAGUAAUUCGCUGCACUACAGCUUCCUGGAUGUCUGUUUCUGUGUCCGCUUCCUGAGGGGAGAAGGAGGGAGCACAGCUUCCAACUGUGUCUCCAGCUUCACCAACUUCCCCUUCAAAGCCAUGUACUGCCAAUUUUAUGAAAUACGCAUAUUCCGUCUAUGUUCUUUCUCUCCUGGUAGGAGCUCAGACAGCCAAGAUAGACAGCAUCCUUCAAACUGACUUGGAAAGUUCUGUGGUAGAUCAGAAAAAAAUCCAGCAACAUUUUCCCAGCUAUCUGGGUCACUCAAAACUGAUCUUUAAAAAUGAUUGAACCUGGGGCGCCUGGGUGGCUCAGUUGGUUAAGCUCCUGCCUUCGGCUCAG